AUGGCGAUCAUGGUGGUGAUCAUGGCGAUCAUGGCGAUCAUGGUGGUGAUCAUGGCGAUCAUGGCGAUCAUGGUCGCCGCCGAGGCCGAGUCGAGCAUGUGUUCCAUGGACGGCACGGGCAUGGGCAUGGGCAUGGGUAUGGGUAUGGACGGCACGGACAUGGGCAUGGGCAUGGGCAUGGGCAUGGACGGCACGGACACGGACAUGGGCAUGGGCAUGGGCAUGGGCAUGGGCAUGGGCAUGGGCAUGGGCAUGGGCAUGGGUCUGGAGGGGACGGACACGGGCAUCAUGGCGGACACGCCCACGGACACGGCCACCAUGCCCAACAACCCCUCCCCUCCCCCUCCCCCGCCCCCGCCCCCGCUCCUCCUCCCCCUCUCCCACCCCUUGGCCACCACCGCCUCCAUCACCGGCGGCAAGGGCUCGGCCCUCGCCUCUCUCUCUUCCCUCGGCCUGUGCCUCCCUCCCACCGCCAUCAUCCCCACCUCGGCCUUCUGCUCCGCCCGCCCGCCCUCCCACCGCUCGCUGCCCUCUGCCUGGUCCGUCCCGCCCGCCCUCAUCGCUGCCGUCCUCUCCUGGGCCGAUGCCUCUCUCGCCGACGCCUCCACCGUCCUCGCCUUCCGCUCCUCGGCCACAAACGAGGACGGGUCGACGUCGUCGCUCGCCGGCGUUGCUGCCUCGGUCCUCGGCGUCCGCCGCGAGCCUGCCGCCAUUGCCGCCGCCAUCGCAUCCGUCUGGGCCUCGCUCCCUCUCCCCAGCAGCGACGACGAGAACGACAGCGAGGCCAUGGCCGUCGUCGUCCAGGCACUCAUCUCGCCGCGCGCCGCGGGCGUUCUCUUCACCACACACCCGAUGACCGGCGACGAGCGCGUCAUGGUCAUCGAGGCCGUCUGGGGCCUCGGCGAGUCGCUCGUCUCCGGAUCCGCUUCGGCCGCCUCGUACGCCUUUGCCUGGCCCACCGCCGAGCUCAUCCCCACUCCGCCCACCUGGUCGCAGGCGACCAAGGUGGUGUGGGCCGGGCCUCAUGCUCCGCCAGCGCCCGACGGUGGCGCCACCGUCACCGUCCCGCUACCGCCGGCCGAGCUCGCGUCGCCUCCGCUCGGCACCGCCGCCGAUGCCGACAUCGCCGUUCUCGGAGCUCUUGCCCAGCUCGGCCUCACCAUCGCCUCGCACGCCGGCCUCCCGCAGGACAUCGAGUGGGCGCUCACUCACCACGGCGAGCUUGUCGUCCUCCAGGCCCGCCCCAUCACCGCCCUCAACAUCGACCUGCCGCGCCUGGCCGGCACCUCGUGGGCCUCGGGCUUUACCCGCAAGUCGUGGCUCUCCAUGUCGCUCACCUCAGCCGCCGGCUUCUACGCCGCCACCGUCCAGUCGGCCGUCACCGACCUCCCGCCCAUCGCCGCCUUUGCCACCCCGGUCUUUGGCGUCCUCUACAUCAACCGCAUGCACAUCAUGGUGUUUGACGACGAGCGCCGCGCAUCGCCGGCCUUUGUCCGCGCCCGUGACUCGGGCCUCCUCGCCGCCCGCGCCACCGCCCUCACCGCACACAUCAACACAGAGAUCCUCCCGCGCCUCUGGCCGCUCCUUCCCCGCCUUGAUGCCCUCACCGUCCCUGCCCUCGCCACGCUCCUCCGCGCCCUUCUCGCUGAACGCAUCGAGCUCGCCUACCACUCGUUCACCACCGGCUCCAUCGCCCGCGACCUCCAUCGCUCGCUCGACAGCUCUCUUGCUGGGCACGACUUUGACCGUGGCGUCCACGCCGGCGCAGGCGCCGUCACCCGUUCCCUCGCCACCCUCGUCGCAUCCCUUGAUCCGUCCGCCCGUGCCGCCUACGCCGCCGCCGCCUCGCCCGCCGCCCUCCUUGCCAUCGUCGACGUGCCGACCCGCGACGCGCUUGCCGCCUGGAUCGGCGAGUUCUUCUGGCUCUCCGAGCACGACGAGGACAUUGCCGCCACCGACCGCUGGGCCGACGACAUCACCACGCCGCUCUCGCUCUUCAUCGCCGCUUGCGCCGCCCCGCCGCCUCCUCCUCCCGCCUCGUCGUCUGCUUGUGCAUCCUCGCCACCGCCCGCCCCGCCGCUCGCCCUCCUCCGCGCCUACCUCCACGCCAAGGAGGAGGUCCACAUCACAUACUGCCGGCUCAACUACGCGCUCCGCCACAUGCUCGACGCUCUGGGCGCCCGCCUCGAGCUCAACCUCCACCACCUCGACAUCUUCACCCUCUUCCCACUCCUCGACGCGCCGACCUGCCGCCGAUCCCUCGCCGAGGCCCGCGCCACCGCCUCUCUUCACGCCACCAUCAAGGCCAUGUUUGCCCGCUUCACACCGCCGCCCUCCAUCGUCGGCGCCACCCGCGCCGCUGCCACUCCGCCGCCCCGCGCCGCCAUCGGCUCGGACAUGAUCUCCGGCCGCGGCGUGUCUGCCGGCCGCGCCAUCGGCCGUGCCUUUGUCGCCCACGACCUCGCCUCCGCCAUCGCUGGCCUCCGUGCCGGCGACAUCCUCGUCACCCGCGCCACCAGCCCCGCCUGGGCCGUCGUCUUCCCCAAGCUCGCCGGCCUCGUCACUGAAGUCGGCUCGGCCCUGAGUCACGGCGCCGUCGUCGCCCGCGAGCUGGGUCUCCCGGCCGUCGCAGGCGUCCCCCUCCUCCGCCCCAGGCUCAUGCUGUGGUCCAAGGGCAGAUGGCUCAGCCUCGGUGAGCUUAUCGGCGUCCUCUCGGUCGCCGGACUCUGUGCGUGGUGGAUCGCCACAGCCUUGACUGUCGGCCCGAUCCAGGGCCCAAACAACAAGCCAAAGGUGAGGGUCAAGGACGAGAUGGACUCGCUCAAGGCCUGGGCCGCCGCUCUCGGCUCGGUUCUUGACCUCGUCCUCGGCCUCGUCCUCCUCCCGGUCGGCCGCUCCUCGGUCGUCUUCUGGGUCUUUGGCGCGAGCUGGGAUCGCGUCCUCUGGGUCCAUCGCUCGGGCGGGGUGGUCUUUCUCCUCGGCGCUGCCCUCCACGCCACGCUCUAUGUUCUCCGUUGGCGGCAGAGCGGCAAGCUGCGGGCAAACAUGGCCGACUACGGCGCGACCCACUACGGGCGGACCAUCAACGCGUGGAACGUCGAUGCCAUGAAGAUCAGCCUCUGCAUCCUCCCGGUCAUCGCUCUUCUCGCCACCCCGUAUGUCCGCCGGACAAAGUACUACCUCUUCUACGCUUCGCACCUGCUGCUCGUCGUCUUCAUCGCCCUCAUCCUCGUCCACUCGUGGUCCGCCUGGGCCUUUGCCCUCCCAGGCCUCGUCUUCUACGCCAUCGACAAAGCUGCCGAUGCCUGGUUCUGGCUCUCUGCCUGGUGGGCGGCGGGCUCGCCCAGCCCUGCCCGCCUUGAGCCGCUCGGCGCCUCGGUGGUCAAGAUCGUCAUGGACGCACCUGCCCCGCCGCUCGGCGCCACCGCCUUUGUCCACGUCCCGGCUGUCGCCCGCCUCCAGCGCCACCCGUUCACCGUGCCCUACCUCGGCCGCGCCCGCGCAGCCUCGCAGCUCUGCCUCUACAUUGCCCGCACAGGCUCGUGGUCGUCGGCCGUUGCCGAGCUCGCCGACGACGCCUCGUCCCACCCGGUCGUCAACAUCUCCAUCCCGCCGGGCCUCGGCUCGCGCCAGCUGCCCGGCUCGCUCUGUGUGGGCAACAUGUCGCGGGUGUGGAUCGCCGGCGGCGUCGGCAUGAGCGUCAUCUCCACCGUCCUCCGCUCGGCGCUCUCGUGCGGCGUGCCGACGUCGGCAGCUGCCCCGUCGAGUCUCCAUCUCCAGACCGACACCCCGCUCCUGCCCUCGCCCAAGCUCCGCUCGCUCCUCGUCUGGAUCGUCCGCGAUGUCGAGCUCGUUGCCGAGUUUGCCGACUUUCUCGCCGAAGUCGCCGCCGCCGGCUGGAUCGAGAUCAAGGUCUUUGUCACCCGUCCGGGCGCUGACGAGGCCUGCCUUCUCCCGCCGGCCCUUGGCACCUGCCUCCACGCCGGCCGGCCCGAAAUCAGCGCCGAGAUCAGCGACUUUGUCUCCUCGGUUGAGUCUGGCCGGGCCGUCCAAGUCGUCACCUGUGGCUCGCGCGCCUUUGAGCGCCGCGUCCGUGCCGCCGCCGCCGCCGACACCUGCUACGACCUCGAGUUCCAUGCCCUCAAUGCCUCACUGUGAUCGGCUUGACAGGCAUGGCGGAUAAAGCGCCACCCCCCCCC